CAAGACGACACCUGUAAACGACGCUCCUAUUAGAAAUUCCCAUAAAUAUCAAUAAUGCAAUGGUAAUUUACGUGCCGCAGUGUUUCAGUCAAUGCUAUAAUUAGUUACUUCAAUCAAUAUGUGCACUUUGUCAAUGUGUUCUGUGUGAAAACUGGAUUUGGUCCGCAAUCAUGCUCUGUGGAGUAGCAAGUAUUUUAAUUGCCCCGAUUUCGUGAUGUGAUUACACGGUGGAUUAUUGCAGGUCCAUAAAGAAAUUAGCCCAUGGGUAAGGCGCGGGAGGACGUGACUGUGAUAUAUCUGUAUAAUGGAGACGGAAUCCGUGCGAUCCGAAUUAAGUAGCCGUUCGCGGCGAAGUUCUCGACAUCGGACACACAAUACUCAUCGUAGCACAAGAAGCACCAAGUCACAAAGAAAAGACUGUAUAGAUAGUAGUAUGGCGCCAUUCCAAACUAGUGUAAAUAUUAACCCAGAAAUUGGCCGAGAUGGUCAGGAAGUUAUCGAAGUACAAAUACUUCCCCAAGAUGAAAACUGGGGGGAAACUACCACUGCCGUCACUGGGAAUACUUCAGAAGGCUCACAAUCAAUGGAGGAUGUUAGUAACUGGCCAAUGGAAUCAGAUAAUGGUCUAGGUUUUGUCUGUUCAAGAUAUUUCACAACAACAGUGGCAUUGGGCCUGUCAUUUGUUUCCUUUGUAAGCCCUUUAGCCAUGGUUGUGUUGCCGAAAAUAGGGUUUUUCCCUGGACUAUCAGAUAAUAUGGCAAUACAACCCAGUCAGAGAAUACAGUUGCUAUCUUGUACAGGAGAAUGUAAAGGAAUCUUGCUGUCUAUAGCGUUUAAGUUAGUUCUCUUAGCUAUUGGAGUGUGGGCCGUUUUCUUACGCCCCAGAAAUGCAGUAUUACCAAGAAUUUUCGUAUUUAGAGCAGUUAUGUUUGUCAUACUGGCUGUAUGUACAUUUUCAUACUGGUUGUUUUAUAUUGUACAAAUUACUGAAGCAACGAAAGCUUUAGCUGUUGGAGAGGAGGCAGUUGAUUAUAAGUCCUUAGUGUCAUAUGUAUCGAGUUUUUCUGAUACGUUACUGUUUAUACAUUAUACAGCUGUAGUGCUGAUGCAGAUAAGGCAUUUAGAACCUCUGUAUUAUAUUAAGAUUGUGAGGAGUCCUGAUGGAGAGAGUAGGUCAUAUGCUAUCGGCCAGUUGAGUAUCCAAAGAGCGGCUGUAUGGGUACUGCAGAAAUAUUAUACAGAGUUUCCCAUUUACAACCCAUAUUUAGAGAAGAUACCUAUAUCAAAGUCACAAAGGAAGGCACAAGCUAGUAUAAAGUUUUAUGAAGUGGAUUCCAAUACUAACGCAUCUACUGGUCAGCCCAGGAGCGGUACAGGCUCGUGCACGGGAAGCGCGUCCCGGCGCCGCGACUCGGGCUCCGCGCACAACGAGCGCUACUACGAGGAGGCGGAGCGCGAGCGCCGGGUACGGAAGCGCCGCGCGAGGCUCCAUACCGCAGCUGAGGACGCGUUCGCGCACGUGCGCCGCGUGCGAAUGGCAGGGAAUGGCGGAGCGCUGGGCCCUCGCGAAGCGGCACAGGCGGUGUUCCCGUCGUUAGCUCGCGCGCUGCAGAAAUACCUGCGGGCUACAAGACAGCAGCCCAGACAUUCCGCUGAUUCUGUACUCGCUCACCUCGCCAGAUGCCUAUCCCAAGACGCCUCACCCCGAGCAUUCCUUGAACCAUUCCUCGUGGAAGGUCCAGUACUAGCCGCAGAGAAUGAAGCGAGGCAUGAACAACGCUGGUCCCUCAUAUCAGAUGACCUCCUAGCUCGGCCACUCGCAGACAACAUCGAGUUCCAACUCAGGCAAGGGGAUAUAUCACUCAUAUGCACAAUCAAACAACUGCCUCAGUUCAACUUGAGUGAGGAGGUUGUGGAUCCAAAGAGCAAUAGAUUUGUGCUGCGUCUAAAUAGUGAAACGUCGGUCUGACACGAGGAGAUCUGUGUCAGGGAGGAUAUGCGACUUGUGUGAUAGUGGUGUAGGAUAGUGGUGUAGGAUAGUGAAAUGGGAUAGUGAAAUUGGAUAGUGAUAUGGGAUAGUGUGGUGUUGUGAUUGAUGAAAUGUUUUAGUAACUGUGUAGUAGUGAUGGGUUUAAUAUAGGGGUUCCCUAUUAAAUAAGGAAAAAAAAAGGGAAUGUGUGUAUUCAUGUGUCCCAAUUAAUUUGGUUGAAAAGUAAGGUCCAAGUGAAUGUAUUUUGGGACUUUUUGUAAUAUGAGAUUUAUAAUAAUUUGAAUAUAUUAUCUUCACUGAAUAACCUCUCAAUUACAUGUUGUUAGUGAUUUACAAAAUAUUGAUUUUGAAUGCGUAAUCUCUAUAAAAUAAGACUGAGUAUUCUCAAUUCUACAACUACCCUCAUGCUAUUAAUUACGUAAAAAAUAUAAUAAGGGUGUAAUCACAUUAAUAAGUCAAGGUAAUAUCAUUGCUAAAUACUUAUAUUUAUGUAAAUCUAAUUAAAAUUAUAAAAAAUUUGAAGAAAAUAUUUUGGACAAAUGUAGUUUUUCAUACUAAUAAAUGUAUGAAAUAUUUGUAAAUUAC